AAUUGGCCGGUUGGAUGUUUAGUCAUUGGACGUUGUCUACCUUUAACAGAAGCCGGGAUUAUAUUUAGGAGCGGAUAGUUACGGCGUGUAAACCGGCUCUGAUGUAAACAUAUCAAGUGUGACAAGACGCCUAGUUGGUCACAGCAGAGUGCAAGUUGAAAGUGUUAAUAUUCGGUCGCUUGGAUACUGUGUGAGUGCGUGUUCAAGAUCGAAUCCAGUGGGUGGGCGUGCGGCCCGUUCUACAUGACGGCUACAUUACAGCACUGGUUUGACUGCGAAAACAAGAAUUUAUCACCAUGUCAUUCGUACAGUACCAUGGAUUCUCCACCAAUGUAUGAAGGAAUUUAUCCAGGUGUUCAAGAACUCAAAGCCAAAUAUAAGAAAUUUGAUUAUUUAAACGACGGAAGUGGUGCAGACGUAGCUGAUCUGAAUUCGUCGGAGAUUUCGCUGGACUUACAAAACUUUAUCGCCGACGCUAGUCAAGUAGCUCGGUUGCAAGAAGCGGGUUUUUUUUCGGAUGUACUGGUCGACGGGAAACGUCCGAUCGACCAGAACCAUCACCUGAGUCCCAAUACGGAUUACGAUAACUUUCCUAUGCCACAGCAAGGAAGCCUUGGUAGCGACAGGUACGGUGCCGAGGCGGGUUACUCCAUCAAACAGGAGCCGGUAGAUCACGUCCAUCUCAAUAGCUGUCAGAAGGGAUACCCGAACAACAUCUACGGUUAUCAGAAUCCGCCCACGAAUAAUGUCCAAGUUUUGGGCAAUUACAUCAACGAAGCUGGAAGACCAAUGGGUGCCGGACUUCAACCGAAUUCCAUGAAAACUAAUAACCUCCAUAAAAUGAACAAGUGUAAGAAGUCGGUCGACAAAAAUUCCGACGAAUAUCGACGCAGAAGAGAAAGAAACAACAUUGCCGUGAGAAAAUCUAGGGAAAAAGCAAAAAUGCGAUCGCUCGACACGGAGAGAAAAGUAUCGCAGCUAACCAGAGAAAACGACGGUUUGAGGAAGAGGGUGGAAUAUUUAAACAAAGAGCUUCACACCAUGAAAGGUAUUUUGUCAAAUCUCGGUGUUUCGCCCGAAAAUAUCGAGUCGGAGUUAGCGAAGAAUCACAAUCUCUAUAACGGACUGUAAACAAAUUUGCUCAAUGUGUCGUCGUCUCGACGUGUGCGAACUCUUUCGGUCUUCAGGAGAACUACGCCGAAUCUCACGCCGACGAUGCUAUUUUUUAUUACAAGAAAAAUAAGGGACCAAAAUUACUAAUCCACCCAAACCGAAAAAUAUAUAUAUUUUUUGUUUUGGAAUAUUCUCCUGUGAUUUUCAUGGAAGGGAAAAAAAUUAUAUAUAUAUUGACUAUUUUGUACGAAACGCGUAAUUCCAAUGAUCCAAUAAUAAGAUGUGUUACAUUUUUCGUCUUAUCUAGUUUAUCAACAGAAAAUUUGUUGUGUUUUGUUUUUUUAUUCAAGAUGUUAUCGGAGUCCGUCUGAUAUCGGACGAAAGAAUGUCUUUUUUUUUUUUUAUGUCAAUACUUAACCUGGAAUAUUUAGCAUUUAUUCUAAAUUGUUGCGUGAAAAAAAUAAAACUAUUAUUUGUUGUCAAUAAAUUUUUUUUGUCUAAUUUAUUUCUUUUUUUUUUAAUAAUAAUUUUUAAUCGGUAUCGGUACGGUAUCUUUCGGUUUUAAGUAAACAACAUAGAUGUAAGAGUUGUGUGACGCACGUGUUUGUCUAUCCAAUAACACGAAGACGUUGAGUGAUUAGGACGUUGACCGCCCUUCGUCAUCGAUUGUGAUUCAGCAGAAAGUUUUCGUCACAAUCGAUGCAUUGUAAACACGUGAUUCGCUUAUCUUAGAAUCUGCAUCGACGUAAUCGUUUGCCGUCGCUUAGCAACGGAUGAAAACCGUCAGUCUACUUAUCU